AUGAUUCUUGUUUUUCCAUUCUUCAAGACACUCAACGUAUCUGUCAGGAAGUUCGAUCAUAAUUUUAAAAGGUUCCUUGGUAUCACCAAUGACAUAACGCUAGAGUUUACGUCCUUUGAGAAAACUGGUCAUACAUGGAGUCAAACGAUACAGUUGGAGCCUUCAGGAAUGAUGGAAAUUGGCUGGGAGACAUUUGAUAGAGCCAUGGUGGAUCUUAAUGGUUGGAGAUCGUCAAGAAGAUCGCUGAAGGACAAAUGGGAAAUGAUUGGAAUGUCAUCGGAGGAUGACCAGAAAGUCACUGGGAAGAUGACUGGAAAAUGGCCUGAGGGUCGCCCAAGGAUGACCGGAGAGUAUCCGGAAGAGAGGAAGAGCCUCAAGAUUUUUUAUGAGGAGGAUCCCUCGUAG